AUGGCGAUCGCGUUACCACCGUCGUCGUCGCCGCGUCUGUUGUUGUGGUUGUUGUGUGCGAGUUGUUGCGUGCUGUCGUCGGCUGAACGUUUGGAGAAGCGCCGUGUUGUGGACUUUUCAGGAUUUUCGUCUCCAGCCGGUCACCAGCAACAGGAUUCCGAUUACGGCGUUCAACAGCAACCGCACCAGCAGCAACAGGAUUACGAAUCCGGCGCUGGUCACAGCCAUCAACAGGAAUACGACUUCAGUGCCGGUCACAACCAGCAACAGCAAUACGACUUCAGUGCUGGUCACAACCAGCAACAAGAAUACGACUACGGUACGGCCGGUCAACAUCAGCAACAGACACGGCAGGAAUACGAUUACGGAGCCGGUCAUCAGCAGCUACCACAGCAGUACGGUGACGGGAAGCAUCCUAAAGUUUCAGUGAUUGAGAAAAAGGUACCGGUACCGGUACGCGUUGAUGUGGUGAAACCUGUGAGAUAUGUGGUACAGGUGCCGGUGGAUCGGCCACGCGCAGUGCACGUGCCCAAGCCGUACCCGGUCAAAGUGGAGAAGGAUGUGCCGUACCCGGUCAAAGUGUACGAACCGCAGCCGUACCCGGUGCAGAAGGACGUCCCGGUGGCCGUUAAGGUGCCGUACGACCGCCCUGUGCCGGUGCACGUUGACAAGCCGUAUCCCGUGUACAAGGAGAAGAUCGUCCGGUACCCUGUGUACAAGCAGGUGCGCGUGCCCGUCAAAGUGCCGUACGACAGACCGGUGCCCGUCCACGUUCCCGUCGUCAAGAAGGUGCCGUUCCGUGUGGAAAAGCCCGUUCCCGUGCCCGUCAAGGUGCCGUACAUCAGGCCGGUGCCGUACAACGUGUACAAAAAUGUGCCCGUCCCCUACGAGAAGCCCGUUCCGUAUCCGGUCGAAAAACGCGUGCCAUAUCCGGUCCGAGUUCCUGUCCAUGUGCCCGUCCACGUUCCAGUCAAGAUCGAAAAACAACAUCAUCAACAAAAACAACAACAACAUCAACAGAACCACAACCACUUCACGCAGCAGUAUCAUCCGCAGUCCGAAAAGUUCACCCAACAAGACGCCGUCGUAGAUUUUGGAGGACACCAACACCAACACCAACACCAACACCAACACCAUCACCAACAACAACAAGAACCACAAGAACAACAAGAACAACAACAGUAUCACUUUGUCCCGGACUUUAAUUCGCAGCAUAAUCAUCAAUCGUCAUUCUGA